CAGACCCGAACAUGCACGAAGCUUUCUUUUAUUUCUCUCUCUAGAAAACUCUCUCUCCCUCUUUCUGUAAAAGUACUAAAAAGGAGAAGCCAGAACCCUAGUUUGAUCUUUCACGUUUCUUCUUGUUAAAGCAUAGAAUCUGCGUGAUUUCAAUCUAUGAAAUGUGCUUUUUGGAGAACGAUUGAGAGAAGAAACAAGUUCUUAAGAGUGAGGAUCGCUUCUUUUUGGCAUUUAUAGGGUUUUAGAUUGAUGAAGCAAGUUCGUCAAUGGCAGAGGAUAUGCAUCCUCUCGUUGCUUACUGUUUCUGUUUUUGCUCCCAUCGUUCUUGUUUCUCACAGGCUUAAGGCCCUCACUUCCACCGGGCGGAGAGAGUUUAUUGAAGAUUUAUCAACUAUUAAGUUUAGAACAGAUGGUUUAAAACUCAAUGCAAUUCAGCAGGAAGAUGGAAAAGAUUUGAGGGAGCCAAAAUUGGUCAUUUACAAGGAUAAGGAGUUUAAUUCUGUAGAUAGUGUUAAUACUUCUAGCGAGAAUCUUGAUUCUAACCUACCAAGGAGUUAUGAGGAUUUGAAUGUUUCUGUCAUAAAAAGUGUUUCGGAAAUUUAUCUUGAAGAAAAAGAAAAAAGUGAGAAAAGUCAGCAGAAAACAAUUUUAAGAUCUGAUGAAAAGGAACAAUAUAGUCAAAGAUCAGUUCAGCCUGAUCAGAACAAGCGAUCUCCAUUGCACACAGAUGACAAGAUAAAGGAGAUGAAAGAUCAGCUCAUUAGAGCCAAAGCAUACGUAAAUUUUGCACCUCCAGGCAGCAAUGCCCACUUAGUCAAAGAGUUGAGAACAAGAAUAAAAGAGCUGGAACGGGCAGCUGGUGUGGCCUCCAGAGAUUCAGAUUUGUCAAGGAGCGUUCUGCAGAAAAUAAAAUCCAUGGAGGUUUCAUUGUCGAAAGCCAGUCAGAUUUUUGAUGAUUGUCCUGCAAUGGCCACCAAGCUCCGUGCUAUGACCUACAAUGCUGAAGAACAGGUACGGGCACAGAAAAAUCAAGUGACAUAUCUUGUUCAGCUUGCUGCAAGGACUACCCCAAAAGGUCUCCAUUGCCUUUCUAUGCGGCUGACAGCUGAAUAUUUUGCCCUACAGCCAGAGGAAAGGCAGCUACCUAAUCAACAAAAAUUGCAUGAUCCUAGUCUUUAUCACUAUGCUGUCUUCUCUGACAAUGUCCUUGCUUGUGCAGUGGUUAUUAACUCGACUGUCACCUUUGCAACGGAACCAGAAAAAAUCGUGUUCCAUGUGGUGACUGAUUCGCUGAAUCUCCCAGCAAUUUCAAUGUGGUUCCUAGUAAAUCCUCCUGGCAAAGCUACAAUCCAGAUCGAGAGCACAGACAGUUUUGAUUGGUUGUCUUCAAAGUAUAAUGCCACCUUGAAGAAGCAAAAUUCUCAUGAUGUGAGAUUUAACUCUGCCCUGAACCACCUUCGAUUCUAUCUGCCAGAUGUCUUUCCUGAACUGGAUAAGAUUGUUCUUUUUGACCAUGAUGUGGUAGUCCAAAGGGAUUUAAGCAGACUUUGGAGUAUUAAUAUGAAAGGGAAAGUCAAUGCAGCAGUCGAGACUUGUCAGGAGGGCGAAGCUUCAUUUCGUAGGAUGGACAUGUUUAUUAACUUCUCAGAUACAUUAGUGCCCAAGAAAUUUGAUGCUAAAGCCUGCACAUGGGCAUUUGGAAUGAAUUUAUUUGACCUGCAAGUCUGGAGAAGACGAAAUUUAACUUCUGUGUACCAUAAAUAUCUGCAACUGGGAUAUAAAAGGCCGUUGUGGAAGGCUGGGAGUCUACCCUUAGGUUGGGUGACCUUCUAUAACCAAACAGUGGCCUUAAAUAAGAGAUGGCAUCUGCUUGGGUUGGGUUAUGACUCAGGAGUUGGCCGGGGUGACAUUGAACGGGCAGCAGUUAUACAUUAUGACGGAGUCAUGAAACCAUGGUUAGAUAUCGGAAUAGCAAAAUACAAAGGAUAUUGGAGCAAGCAUGUCGAUUAUCAUAACCCUUACUUGCUGCAAUGCAAUAUCCACGAGUGAUUGAGUAUAGCAACAAUAGAAAAUGGUGUAUUAGUUGAUAGAUAUACAUCAGAUUCUUCAUUCUUUAAUGAUCACACGGGUAAAUUUCAACUCAAAUUCUUUUUCCAUAAAAAUUUUUUCCGGCCUUAUAAUCUUUGUAGGAGUUGAGCCCCUUCUUCUUAUCUAGCUAUUACUGGAAUGUAAUAAGAGUCACUGGAGAAUGUUAUAUUGCAGCUAGAUGUCUGUACAUAAAAUCGAAACUGAUAUAUGAGUACCCUUUCGAACACGCACUGGAACGAUCGGUUCCCUUGAUUUUUUCAUAUGACGAUCUCGCAAAUUUAUUGUAUUUCAUCAA